CGAUGACAAAUAGAAAUGACAAAGAACAUGGAGAAGGUUGCCCAUAAAUACAUCGUGUGCUUAGUUAAAGUCAGUCAGUUGCAAAUUAAGGAGUCGGCCAAGAUGUUGUGUGUUAAACGUUUCGAUUUUGUGUUAAUAGUCUUAUUUGGCCUAUUGGAUUUAGACCAUGGCAAACAGUUUCCUGCUCCUAUCAAACGUUGUCGUAUGGAUGAUGAGGCAUGUCUAGUUCAACAGGGUGAAAUGUUCUUUAAAACCUUUAAACAUGGCAUUCCCGAACUUGGAGUGGACAGCAUUGAUCCCCUUGACCUGGGUACUCUAACAAUUGAUAGUGGCGAACAAUCGGCAUCACUUCAAUUCAAAUUGGUUUUGACCAAUGCUAAAUUAUAUAAUCUAGGUAGUUCGACUAGUGUAAAGUCAUUAAAGGGUUUCAUCAAGGAUCCCAAGAAAAAUCUUAAAUUGACCCUUGUUAUAUAUGCUCCUGAAUUGGAGCUGCAUGCUCAAUAUGAUGUUAAUGGCAAAGUUCUUAUAUUGCCCAUAGUGAGUAAGGGUAAUGUGAUUAUUAGAUUAAAAAAAAUGACGGGUAAAUCACGUAUCAUUGCCGAGCCGCAGAAACGAGAUGAUGGCAAAACAUAUCUCAAUAUUAUUGACUACAAAACGGUGUCCAAAAUGGAGGGUGGCCACUUUAAUAUGUCCAAUCUGUUCAAUGACAAUGUCGAGUUAAGGGAGAGCACAUUGAAGGUACUCAAUGAUGAGUGGGAAGCCCUCGCCAUGGAUAUACAACCCAGAAUUAAUGAAGCGUGCGAUCGUGUCUUAAAAAAAGCUUUACAACGUUUUUGGAAUGAUAUACCAUAUGAUGAAUUUUUUGAAAACUAAUAAAUCGAUUGAUAUUCAGUUCUUAUUCAGUUUUAUUGCCUUCUUCACGUGGCAACAUCGAAA